AUGAACGCAAUUCAAGACAGUCCACCCGGAAGAGCUUUGCCCUGGGGCCAUCAGGUGAGCACCCCGCACUCUCAACGCCGCGCCGGCCUUCGCUCAUCGCAGGCACAGUGGAGAAGCUCAGCAUGGUUCAUAACUCUCGUCGUCACAUACGGCAUCGCUAUAGACACCCUCACAGAUGCUAUCGUCGUCCCCAUCCUCCCAUUUCGCCUCCUAGACCUUGGGUACCACAACAUCGCUUCAGACACCGGCCAGCUGCUCUUUGCACGUUCCGCGGGAAUCGUCACCUUCACUCUUCCCGUCGCCUACUUCUUUCACAAGUAUCCCUACCGCCGCUUACCUCUGGAGGUCUCUGUGCUCGUAAUGAUCGCCGCAAAUGUACUUUUCAUGUUGAGUACGCAAUUUUGGACGAUGAUCCUUGCGAGGUAUAUCUCAGGUGCCGCAAGUACGGUGGCUCUCACUGUUGGUCUUACACUGAUCGGCGAGAACGUGAAAGAAGUGAAAGCCGGACGGCAUCUGGGACUCGCCAUGUCUGGUCUUGCCCUCGGCCAAAGUAUUGCGCCCAUCGGAACAGUAUUGUAUGAGCAUCUUGGCUGGAAAGCCCCCUUCACGUUCUGCAUCGGUGCUCUCUGCCUCGACCUCUUCCUCCGUCUGUUCGUGCUCGAGCGCGUCAACAUUCGCGUCUUCCAUGAGAAACGCCUCGGUCUGAAACCAGACAGUCUCAAGCCCAAGCUUCUGAAUGGCAAGAUCACCACGCCAGUCCACCACCACAUCCGAGACUUUAGCUAUGCAGAACUCAAUAAAGCGGAGAGAGAGGCCUUGCUCGGCAUUGAUCUCAACCCAUGGCAGGUAUUGAAGGCUAUGGUACGAUCGCCAAGGGGUAUGACUGCUAUCAUGUCAAUGUUCACGUAUGGGCUCCUCUCUGGAACUCUACAGCCGGUUAUCACCGUGCGUAUUCAAGAGCUCUGGAACAAAAGCUCUGACACUGUCGGACUUGUAUACUUCAUCGCUACAUUCCCGACUCUCAUUUCCGGCCCAAUCGUCGGUUAUGGUGCGGACAGGUGGGGCGCUGAAUGGGUCAUGUUGCCCUCCAUGCUCCUUGUCCUCCCCUGGCCACCUUUGAUGUUGGAGACUGGCGGUAUAGGCGCAUUCGUUGUCUUCUUCUUGUUCAUCAAUCUGUUCUCGAACUAUGCAUUCUAUCCCAGUGGGCUUGAAUCCACUAUUAUUGCUAGGCGCACGCAAGGUAUCAGUGAGAUUCAUCAAUUCGGUAUCAUGGAGGUCGCCUUCGCAACUGCCACCGCUGUAGGCACGCUGGUCGGAGGUCACGUCUAUGACGAGGUUCCCAGCAACGCCGGAUGGGACGCCGUCAUGUGGUUCCUUUUCGCCAUCGCCCUCCUCAGCUUACCCAUGGUCUUCUUUUUCUCCGGCGAUGUUCCUUGGGUGAAGAAAAUUUUCAGCCGCAAACAGCCCAAGAUUGCGGGUCAGUCUGUGUGCAUGCAGAGGCUCGGGGAUGAUAAUGAAGACAAUGCCGGCGGGGAGAAGAAGAGGAUGGAUGAUAAGGCCGAGGAGGCAUGGUUGGAGAUGAAGGCGAAGAUGGAGGAUGACCAGAGGGAGUAUUCAAAGCAGAAAAAGAAGAGCGAUUCCUCUAACCCUGCUUUUGAGGUCUGA